GAGAUGGGUCACCGCGAGCUGAAGGAGAUCGGUGUCAACGCCUACGGACACCGACACAAGAUCCUCAAAGGAGUGGAGAGGCUCAUCAGCGGGCCGCAGAGUGUGAACCCCUACCUGACGCUGAAUACAGCCAACAGCGGGACGAUCCUGAUCGACCUCGCAGCCGACGACAAAGAGUUCCAGUCGGUGGAGGAGGUAAACAACGUUUCUACCUUUAAUAAUGAGAAGAAGAAGAAUCAAGAUGUCAAUGUGUACUCGGUGUACAGAUACUGUGCUUGGGGGGGUCACCGGAGUUGAAGGUGUACGUAGUGAGACGGCAUUGUCGUGUUUUCUAGGGCUAUCAAAGUUAAUAAUAACCCGGUAACGCAAAUUCGUUUUAACGCAACUAAUUUAUUUGACGCAUUAA